AUGGAUUGGGUAUCAAAGCGACUAGGCAUUAACAGUGCUGGUGGCAAGCUUGUUCCUCAUGCCUUUGGAGCCGAUAAUUCUAAAUCUCUACUUGAUGGUGGAACUAUGAGCAAUUUUCCAGGAAACUCAAAGACUCCGACUGUCAUGCGCGAAACUUUCAAGACACUUUCUGCUCAGUUUACGUUAUCUUACAAAACUGAACAAGAUCGUGCGUUGCAUGCGCCAGCAUAUUUGAAAAGAGUCGUUGACACAUUCAAUGAAACCUCUAUGAAAGACAUUGUAGAAAGUGCAACUUGCUCUUCGGAAGUUCGCAAUCUCAUUUCUCUUGCGACAAAAUCCCUGAAUGCAACAUUGGUUUCCCGUGCACCUAAAGAUUCAAUUGAAUCAGUUCAACAAGUUAUUACACAACGCGAAUCUCUGCGUAUCAGCCUUCGAGUGUUUGAACUCUUGGCAUUGACAGAUAAUCAUGCCAUUUUCAGACUCAUUUCAGGUGCUGGUGCAUUCAAAAAUAUCAACUCUCUAUUCAUCCCGUUGUCCUGUACUACUAAAACAACUGUAGUAGCGCAGCUUGGUCCAGGGAAAUGGGAUGAGAAUGAAGCCACAUUUCGUGCAAUUGCCAAGUCAAUGAGCGAAAUUAUUAGAUCCAUGGUUCGAAAACAAGAUUUUACCAAGGAAAUUGAUGUUGAAUUAUUGUUUAAAGUUUUGCUGACAAAACCAACAGAAAAAGACGAUGAUACAUGUUUGUGGCUUCAGUGUGCUCGAAAUGCAAUCAAUUAUAUAUGCCGAAGUGAUAUGCUUGACAUGGAUUUGUGCGGCUGGAUCAUGAGCUCAAAGCAAAUACCAAUUUUUCUCGAGCAAAUCAAGCAAAAUAUGGAACUGUCCAAAAUUAGUGUUUCGGCAAUUUUAUUUUCAGCAAUGGUGUCUGUUUUAAAGGAAUCUUUUCAACUUUCUUGGCUUUUAAUAGAAGAAUUUGAAACUCUUGGCGGCUAUGAGAUUGCAACAAAACUGUUGUGGGCAUCGGCUACUUAUGAAAAUUCUGAUCUGGAAAGCGUAUUGCUUCGCUCCUUGGAUACACUUGCUUACAUUGGCUCAUCAGAUGAUGAUAAUAUGGUUGCAGGCGAUGUAGAAAUCCCCUUUCAACAUGUAGAUUUUCAUAUUCCCGUUCCUGGACAAGGUCCAAUUUUUCGUAAUCAAAACAGUCUUGAGGUUUUCAAAAAUAUACUAAUGGAAAAGUCGCUUGUUUCCGAGUACAAAAUAUCGGCAUUGCAACUUGCUCGAAUUCAAUCUGCAGCUGUGGGAGGCUUGCUUGAGAUUCUAAAGGCAAAUCCUAUAAACUACUUUAUUAUCAGUCGAUCCAAUAUUAUUCUCUGUCUUGUGGAAGGUCUCGAUCAAGUUGAUAUUGCAACUCAAGCUGGAGUCAUGGAAAUUCUUCGUUUUAUCAUUAUAGAGCUAAACUACGUGCCAUUCAAAGAGCUUGCGCUACUUUUUGUUCAUCUACAGGGAUCGUCAUCUUCUGCCACAAUUAAAAUUGUUUCAGAUUUUUGUUGCAGUUUGCUAGAUGAAUCACGCAGACUCAAAGAUGUAUUUCGCGAACUUGGAUUACUUAGUAUGUUUUCUAGUUUAUUUUCAAGUUUGAUCAAAAAGUUUUCAAAUUCUACUGAAAACAUGCUUGCAGAAAGUCCAUCAAGCUUUGGAAGUCAGACAUUUGUUAUUGAGGAGCCAUUGAUUGCAGGAUUUAUGUACUUGAUGCAAAUCCUUCAACGACUUAUCCAAAACUAUGACAAUAUGCAAAUGUUCAGAUCCAAAUCGCGCCAGCAUAUCAUUGAGCUCAUUCGAUAUGCACCGAUUCGUGCCGGCGUGUUUUUGAUUUUGGAGGAACUGAUUUGUGGAAAAUUUAUAUCCACUACUAUUCGUGCAAGUACUGUUGGAGAAAAACACGAACUUCAAGGCAUUAUUGAAGCGCUUGGCACUGUUGCUAAAGACGAUCUUGGUUUAAAACUAGACAUUCUUGGUCUGAUAAACAAGGCUUUGUCCAUGUCUACGACUAUGCAGCACGCAUUCCAAACAAAUAAUGGCUUUGAAUCUCUGCUCAUUUCUGUGUCCAUGCUUAACCUUGAAAUUGAGCAAAAUGACUUUUUAAAAGAAUCUGCAGUUUUGAAAAAUAGAACUCAGGAUCCAUUAGUGACUUGGUUUGAGACAUUCAUACUCGCCUUGCGAAACUGCCCAAAAAACCGUCAAUAUGUAGAAAAAAAUUUCAAUCGCGACUUGCUUACGAAAGCAUUGUCAACAAGCUAUAUCAAGCCUGAUCGUAGCAUUCAUCUUGUUAUUGGUGGAUUGUUUGGACUUGCUUAUGAAAGCUUUGAUUUUAUUGAAUUUUUUGAUUCAAACGUUUAUUCCGAUAUUUCCUACAAGGCUUUAACUGAUGCUAUUACAAAUCGUUUUCAGGCUACUCCAGUUCCAUUGCUACGUAAUGUUCAAUUUAUUGUUAUUAUUUUCCAACUUCUUGAAGAAAUUCCUCACACUAGCAGCGUGCUUAUAAAUUCUGUUCUUGGAGCAAUACAAGCCACUUCUAUGGUUUGCAAGCACAAUCAAACUCUGCUGUGCUCAUCAGGGAUCAUGCAAAUUCUAUUUAGCUGGCUUUUUAACCGACAUUCAUGUUGGUUUAUUUGUCCAUCUCCAUCAGAUUCAUUUAGUUCUUUAAAUGAUCAACCAAACGCGGAUCACGAUCCAACGAUUUUCAUGAAGCAAACCGAAUUGAUGCUUGUAUCCAUUGCUAAACGCCUACUAGAAAUCGGUAUAUCUGACGAUGAAUUGCAGUAUCUAUUAUCAAGAGUAGAUAUUCGAACACUUCAACGAACAACUGAUAAACAAAACAUGCUAUUUGAGUUUCUACUUCAUGGUUUACGCUACAGCCGAUCUCCAUAUUAUCUACAUUUUGAUGGCAUGUUUUUGGGCCCGUCUGGUUAUCUAACCAUUCCCGACUACCAUCGAUCUUUUCCACCAAUAAGCGGUUACACUUUUAUGGCAUGGGUUCGUGUUGAACGAUUGGAUACUUUGUGUAACACUGAAAUCAUGUCAAUUUUUGAUCCAGAAGAUAAAGAGCGACUGUGCAUUGCCAUUGAGCCAUCAAAAUCAAAACGUUUGGUUGUUCGCACUAUCAAAACCACAUGUGUUUUUGAAAAUUUUGUUUUUAGAGAACGCCAAUGGACACAUAUAGCGCUUGUACAUCAAAAACCUCGUAUUACAGCCAGUAGCAUUCAGCUAUAUGUGAAUGGUGUUUUGACAGAAACAGCAAAAUGUGGAUAUCUUGGUCAUCCAGGAACAGUUUCCAAGGUGCAGACGUAUAUUGGAACUAGAUCUGACAAUCAAAACAGCAUGGAUGCCGAAUGUCAUAGUAUUUGGGAUCUUGGCCCAACAUAUUUUAUUGAAGAAGUCCAGCUAUCGGCAAGCGAAAUUAACACUAUUUACGAGAAUCGAUUCAACUCUGUAGCCAAUUGGCAAGGAUACUUGUCCAACUAUCAAAAACUGGACAAAUCGACACACGCUGCUGUUGUUUCUCAUAUUGAAGAUGAAACUUCGCCACUCAAAACCAUUUCUUUUGUGUUGAGCCCAACCAAGGCUCAUCCAGAAACACUUGAUAUUCCUGAAGAUAAAAUUUUGUUUUCGCUGUGUGCCAGCAAUUCUCUAGACAAGGUUAUUGAUCGCCAUUCCAAUGAAAAUGGAUCUGGAUUAGCGAUAAUUGCAGCUAGAAUUCUUCCUUCAUGCAAUGCUUUGUUCAACUCUGCUAUUCCAAAACCAAGACCGGAUGAAGAUGUAGAGGCAUCAUGUGUGUUGGUAAAUGGAGAAGUUUUAGUUGUAUGCACUAACCGGAUGAUUGAUGGAAUUUGGAAAUUGGGAGGUUGCGCGGUGCUUCUUAAGCUGAUUGAAAUCAGUACUACAUCAGAGUCGCUUUACCAAAGUGUUUCCGUAUUGAUCGAGUCUCUUGAAUACAAUUGGCGAAACGCGGCGGAAAUGGAAAAAUGCCACUUUUUUGAAAUCCUGUCACAUCUCAUCAAAUCUAAACGAGACUUGGUUACCAUUGCAAUCAUGGAUGUUCUGCUGAUUCUUGUUGGAAGAACGCUUGAAAACUCUGAAAAUUCAACCUUGAUCAAUGGGCAAGCACUUCGCCAUUUGUUUUUAGACGUGGAACUAUGGCGAACCACUCCUGAACUGCAGCGCUAUUUCCUCACUUUAAUGACCGAUUUUAUUGUCCAUAGUUCAAAUAGGGAUCACAAUAUUCAGAAAUUGAACAAAAUGGCCAUGAUUAAACGAAUCUUACUGAUGCUCAAAUCUCACAUUAUUCCAAUCGAGCUUCUUCCUGACAUUGUGAAUCAUUUAAAGAUUUUCUUAAAAGCUGGAUGGUCUCCCGAUACUAUUAAAUCUGUUUGUACGUAUCUCAUGUACACUCUACCCAAAGAAGAUGAUUAUUCAGAAGUGCGCGAUUUGGCUGUAAAACUGAAAACACAAUGCAACAACAAGACACUCGAGGAUGCUCCAGCUCUUAUUGUAAGCUCAAAAUCUCUUCAGCAUCAUUCCUAUGGUGUACAAGUGCGAAACUAUAUUCUAGAGAUGCUAUUUGAUAUUUUAAGCGAGAAAUCGGACAACGCCAAUAACUUUGCCUAUGAGUUUUCGCGAGUGAGCAGCUCCAGAUGGAUUAUUCUUUUUUGUGGACCACGACUUGAUUUGUAUAGCGUAACUAUAGCUUGCAGAAUUUUUGCAAAACUAUGGAUAUCGCACGACAUGACUGCGCCUUCAAAAUUCAAGGAAGGAUGUUUGAUAAUGGCUCGGCUGCUCCAACCCUACUCAAAUGUACUUCAAAUCUACCCCUCUUUGCUAGCAAUUCUUUGCGGUUUGGAUGUUUCAACUGUUCCACUGGACAUGUCGUAUGAUGUUUCAACGCUUAUGGCGGUGAUGAAGCCACUUGGAAUAAAAGCUCGCCGAAAUAUAUCACCAGAUAUUAUGAGGGUCAUUUCAAGUUUACUAACGCAGACCGUACGCACGCUUAGUAAAUGGUCUAAUACACUUAGUUCAAUGGAAAAAUUAAAUGGAAAUCGACAUAAUAUUUAUCAGCUUUCCCAUCAGCUAUUUGAUUCUACUGAUGAUCUUAAGCCUGAGGGACAAAAAGAAGACUCGACUAAUUCUGAUGUUGAACGAGCUACUUCAAGACUGGAAUGUUUUUCAGAAGUGGUUCAAACCACCCUUCAGUUUAUUGGCACCAUGUAUCGUUACAUAGAAGAUAUGAAAGACUCGGUGUGUCGUCAAGAAGCCAUUGAUGAUAUUGUUGGAAUGCUAUUCAGACUUAUAUCUACUGAACAGCCACUUUCUUUAGAAAAAGAAUUGAUGCUAAAGGAUAGCCCAGAAGAAUUUGACAAGAUCACCGUUGAAACUUUAUUUUCUGCAAAAAAACAAAUGGAAGGUACCUCGGAAAUAUUAAAACUGCAAAUGAGGUUUAUGACUGUAGAGUCAAACAAUAUACAGUCAUCCACUGUUUUUUCCGAAACAGGGGAAUCAAUGUUUGCCAUUUCGGAUCGUAGUCAAAGUGAGCCCAGUGGCCGUGGAAAAGACGUUUCAGAAGCGGCUGCUCAAUUUAAAACGCAAAAAGUGUUUACAUUAUGCAACACAUCCACAGAUAAUACCACUACAGCAACCCGUGGUAUCAUUGAUGCGUUGAUUGAAUUGAUUCUUACAAUUACUGUAGAGUCGAUUUUGGGAACUUGGAAACCAUUACAGGGGCUUGAUAUGGCAUUGAAGGCUAUUCCGCCAUCAAGCAAAACUGCACAAAAAGACUUUCAAUGCUUUUUGUUGUUGUGCACCAUAAACUCAGUUUAUUCUAAAAUCAACAAACGCAAAGUGUAUGUGUCAGAUACACGGGUACUAGCAAAUAUCGGAAAGCUUAUUUCUUUACUUGUAGACAAAAUCUAUCAAGGCGUGUUUACUGAAGGUCCAGAGGUUGUUUAUGAUUUUGUAUUAGCCGUCGUAGAUAUUAUUCAAACUGUGGACGAGGAAAAUACCAUAAAAGUUUUACGUACAGACUUCAACUAUCUUCCCGGGUUCCUCAAACAUGUCAACCGAUUAACCGCAUACUAUUUUGGAUAUAUAUCUUUGCAAAAUGAUUCAGAUGGACAAUUAAUGUGCCGCUUACUCGACAAAAUUAUAUUUUAUCAAAAAGUUAUACUCAGUUCAAAAAACAGCGAUGCUGAAGCAUUCAAAAUGAUUACACAUCACAUGCUUCAAUGUUUGCUGAGCGACAACGAAGCAAUACAAACUAAAGCAAUUGCUAUUUGGAAACAAUUGCUUUUGCAAAAACCCUCUAAUGUGUCGGCUCUAUUGCGAUCGUCUAAAUCAUCCACCGAAUACAAAGACCUUAUUGACGGAUUUUCAAAGAUUCUUGAAGUAGAUUCUUCAGGAUUUCUUUCCUGGCUUGCGUUAAAUAGAGGAGAGGUAUUGGUGCUAUUCCAAGAAAAUGCUACUCGUGCAUGGGAUAUAUUCUGUCAAAAUGAAAUCCGCGCUGUAAAAGAGUCUGGUAAAGCAGCCAAUAAAAUGCGAUACUCAAAACUCAAAAAGCACUACAAGAGAAUGACACUAGAAUCGGAUGUAUACAUGAAGUAUUUAUCCAAAUCCAAAUCAUGGCUACAAGACACACAAAGGUUUGAGCUAGAUAAGUUUCAAAGAUUCCGACAAGACUAUGUGGUUAUGUUAGCUUCUAUUGAGGCCGAAUGGAUUGCUCUUUCUAACGGACUACUGAUGGAGCGUGCUAUAUGGGGUCCAGAGCGUGAUGAUCAAAUCAGGUGGAAACUCGACUUUACAGAAGCAAAAGCACGGAUGCGAAGGAAAAUGAGACGCAAUCACGACAUGAAAGUGCACUAUCAGUCCAAAUUUGAAAAAAUCCAACUGUCUGCCAGAUCCACAAACCCACCUCAACUGGAAUUAAGCCCAGAUUCCAGCAAAGAAGACAGGCGUGAAGCUCCGUUGAACGUUGCUACCGAGGAAAAUUUUUUAAACGAUGCUAUGCCAGAGCUAUCUUCAUCUGUUUUUGAUGUAUCGCCUGUGGAUGCUAAUGCCGAGGUUGGAUCAGACAUUAUGACUGAUCUUGAGGCAAAUAUUCUGGCAAAAGACAUGACAGAAGAUGAGCCAGCUGCUUUUGAGACUUCGACGCUAAAUGUACACCUCUCUACCGAUAAUCUUCAAACCGACAAGGAUGGCAUUGAGCCAGAAAAUGAUUGGGAGGAGGUUGUUCCCGAAGAAGAUCAAAAUCGUAAGAUACUUCGACUUCUUGAGCCUGGGGAUGAGAUAGUAGAUACCAUAAACUGCGCAAGACUUGUCGGGCUUGAGCUUUGUGAAGGUCUUUGCAUUCUAUGCCAGGAGAAUAUUUAUUUGGUUGAUAAUUACUUUAGACGCGCGGAUAGUGAGAUUGUAGACAUUGAUGACGUGCCUGGCGAAGAGCGCAACAUAUAUCAUUUGAUUGUUACUGGUUCCAAAAAGUCGGAACAUGAUAGCGAAAAUACAGUUGCACAGUUAGACGAAGAUCGACACACGUGUCGAAAGUGUUCUUUUGAAGAUAUUAAAGAAGUACACAAACGACUGUAUUUAUUCCGAAACGUAGCUCUGGAAAUUUUUAUUGGCGAUGGGCGUAAUUUUUUGCUGACGUUUUGGUCUGUUCGAGCAAGAGAUGCAGUUUAUAAUCGAAUGAUUAGCAAAGCUUCUUUGAAUACUGGUGAAUCUGUGUCUGGAAUUGCACCAUCAUCUGGUCAGAGCGUUUUGCAAAACGUGAUAUUUGGAGGAAGCCCACUGGCAGAACUCACACAAAAGUGGUGUUCUAGAGAAAUCAGCAAUUUUGCUUAUCUCAUGCAUCUCAAUACCAUGGCCGGAAGAAGUUAUAACGAUCUUACACAAUACCCUGUCUUUCCGUGGAUCAUUGCCGACUAUGACAGUGAAGAGCUUGAUUUGACAAACCCAGCAAUAUUUCGAGAUCUUUCUAAACCAAUGGGUGGACAGGGUGCAACUCGAGCAUCAGAAUUUAUUGAUCGUUUCAACACAUGGGAUGAUCCAAAUAUUCCUGGAUGUCAUUAUGGAACGCAUUACAGCUCUUCAAUGAUAGUUUGCUCGUAUCUAAUUCGUCUUGAGCCAUUUACGCAGCAAUAUUUGAAGUUACAGGGAGGUCAUUUCGAUCAUCCAGAUCGUCUAUUUCACUCUAUUGCAAUUUCUUGGGCAUCUGCCAGUAGACUCAAUACAACAGACGUCCGAGAGUUGAUUCCCGAGUUUUUUUAUCUUCCUGAUUUUUUGAAAAAUGCCAACAAAUUUGAAUUUGGCACAAAGCAGACAGGCGAAGUGAUUGAUCAUGUUUUUUUACCGCCAUGGGCAAAAAAUGAUCCAAACUUGUUUAUCCAAAUUAACCGCGAAGCUUUGGAGUCGGAAUAUGUUAGUGCACAUUUACACGAGUGGGUGGACUUGAUUUUUGGCUUUAAACAACAAGGUUCCGAGGCAGCCAAAUCAGUCAAUGUCUUCCAUUAUCUAUCCUACGAAGGAGCAGUUGAUAUUGAUAAAAUUGAAGAUCCAGUAGAAAAGCAGGCUACAAUUGGAAUUAUUCACAAUUUUGGCCAAACACCACGCCAGCUGUUCAAAAAACCACAUCCAAAACGUACAAGUGAUGGCAGUGAAAAUCAAUACAAAAUCCACAGAAACGCUGACAUGCUUAUUCAAGCUGCUGCACCAAUCAAAACUAUUGCAAAUCAGCCCAUCAGCGAUAUUUGGAUUAGCCCAACAAGCGACAAAAUUAUGAGUGUUGCCGCGUGUAAAUUGUUUGUUCCACCCACUUGCAAUCGAUAUAUUGAAUGGGAUUAUCUAGAUGACAGCCUGCGUCUAUGUCAAACAGAGACAGGAAAGGUGCUUGUAGUAUUUGAAAAUUUGCACAUUGGCCAUGUUUCUUGUGCUGCAUUUUCAGAUCAAAGAUUUUUGGUUACUGGUGGAAGUGAUAUGAGCAUAUGUAUCUCAGAAUUGACGCAAACCAAACGACCUGAUUUGAAAUUGAUAGCUUGUAUGCGUGGUCAUCGCAAAAAAGUACUCACAAUUGCUGUAUCACGAGCUUAUUCACUUAUCGUUAGUGGUGGAGAGGAUUGUGUUGCCAUCAUCUGGGAUCUUAAUCGACAGCAAUAUACUCGCACAUUGUUUGGGCAUAGCAGUCCUGUAACAUGUGUAGCUAUACACGAAGGAACUGGUGAUAUUAUUACAUGCUGCUCGUCAUUGCUUAAAUUUUGGAAUGUAAAUGGCGAUCUACUUAUUUCCAAGGCGUUUACUACAGCUACAUAUGACCCAGUGACAUCGUGUGCAUUUUAUGAGGGUCGUCAGUCAGAGUCUUUUGAUUCAAACUUUGUGUUUAUUGGCCAUAAAAAAGGACACAUCAAAAUCUGGUCCAAAGUAUUUGUUGAAAAUACAUCUGUAACCAACUCUAGCGAAAAUAACAGAUGGGAUUUGAAAUGCAUAAAGACAUUAGAGCCACAUACAAAUCCAAGUGCUGUAACUGUGAUUCGCUCGACAAGCUCUGGGCGGUUUCUUUUGUCGGGCGAUGCAACUGGUCGGGUAAACUCGUGGAUGAUGCCUGAUGGAAGUGGAACCGAACUACACUUUGCUCACGAAGAUGCCUGUAUGAGUUGCAACAUGAAAUUUAGUGUUUUAGAACGUAAAGGAAAUUGUCGAUGCUGCGGAGGAUCCUUUUGUCUGCCAUGCAUGGCUACCAUUACCGAUCGCGGUUAUCGAAUGUGUCAUACUUGCUAUGGGAAAGUACGAGCUCUGGCGAUCGUGACAUCGUCAACGACACUAGCUCCCGUACCGAGCACUCCUAUUACAUCACAGCCAGAAAAUACUUUGGGUUAUUCAGCAAGUCUUCCCAGAGGAUAGUUACAAAAUGAUAGACUUGAUUAGGCAAAUGAAGGAUCGUUUCGAUAUG